AAAUAUAAACAACUCAGUAUACGGUCUUGUUUACCCAACACGGUGGCUUAUAAUCCCUACCUGGAUGAUUUCAGCGGGAAGUCAACGUCAGCAGCUGAACUAGAAUUUCUGGAAAAGGCUAGCAAACUUGAUACAUACGGAUUUGAUCCGUAUACUGUUAAGGAUCCGAAAGAUCCAAAUCAUGCUGUUUAUAUUGGCGUAUCUCAUAAAGGCAUCUUAAUAUAUCAAUCAAAUCAAAAAGUGCAUCACAUUCCAUGGUCAUACCUAUCGAAGGUGGAUUAUGUUGGAAAAGAGCUUCUCAUCUACCCGAUGGAGGCGUACGUGCCGCCGAGCAGCAAUGGCACUGUUGAUGACGCUGCCAACCAUAAAAACAAGCUUCUCAUCUACCCGAUGGAGGCGUACGUGCCGCCGAGCAGCAAUGGCACUGUUGAUGACGCUGGCAACCAUAAAAACAAGGAUCGCAAAUCACGGUUAGUACUGAAGUACCAAUGCCCAUCUGGUACGUUUGCGAAACAUCUCUGGAACCACAUUUUGAGUCAACAAGCGUUUUUCAACGAGCAAAGUGCAUUGAUGAUCAAGCCAAAGUUCUCGAAACCACGGAUUCCUUUAUUAUCGCGUGGUUCUACGUUCCGAUUCCCAUCCCGUCGAGUUCUUCGUGAGAUCGAAAGCACCGACAUCGCGUCAGAUAGCGAGCUU